AAGUCAAUAGAUAUUUUUUCCCUUUCUUUCUUUCUACUUUCUUUGUUCUGUUCUUCUAUUCUCCCCUCCUCUGAAACUAAUCUCACCUUCCACAUGGGAGAACCUCAAGAAUUGCAACUAGAAAAAUUGGAAGCUAAUGGAGCCAAGCAUACAAAUUCACUGGAGGAGAACAGUUUUCCAUGUCAAAUGAAUCAAUCAAUUAAAAUCAGCCAGAGAAAAAGAUAUUACCUUUGGCUACGAAUAGCCGUCUAUGCAACAUUAGCGUUGCUGGGCCAGUCAGCUACAACCCUUUUGGGAAGAUUGUACUAUGAAAAUGGUGGAAAGAGCAAAUGGAUGGCAACACUUGUCCAGGUUGCUGGUUUCCCAAUUCUGCUGCCUUAUUAUCACAUCUCAGCACCCAAAGAUCUCACUGAAAACAGCUUUUAUCAUCAGAAUCAGCCUUCUAAAUUAGUGCUAACACUUGUCUAUGUCUCCCUUGGCCAACUUGUGACAUUAAAUUGUUAUUUAAAUUCUGCUGGGCUCUGGUUCCUUCCAGUCUCUACUUAUUCACUCAUUUGUUCAUCUCAGUUGGCUUUCAAUGCUAUUUUCUCCUACUUCCUCAAUUCACUCAAGAUCACACCUUACAUCAUCAACUCUCUAGUCCUUCUAACCAUUUCCUCUGCCCUCCUUGUGUUUCAAGAUGAGUCACCUGAUUCAACACAAAUCUCCAACAAAAAGUAUGUCAUUGGAUUCAUAUUCACAGUUGCUGCAUCAGCUGGGGUUGGAUUAGGACUUUCCCUUACACAGUUUGCUUUCAAGAACGUCAUAAAAAGGGAAAAUUUCAAAGUGAUCAUAGAUAUGAUAGUUUAUCUGUCCCUUGUAGCUACAUGUGCUAGUCUAGUGGGACUUUUUGCUAGUGGAGAGUGGAAAGGUUUGAAGAAAGAAAUUGAGGGGUAUGAGACAGGUAAAGCUGCCUAUAUAUUGAAUCUUGCUUUUACAGCCAUAAUUUCGCAACUCGUUACUCUCGGUUGUACGGGACUGGUUUUCGAGGUCUCUUCCCUCUUCUCCAAUGCUAUAAGCGUUUUGGGUCAGCAUAUUGUUCCUAUAUUAGCUGUAAUGGUCUUUCAAGACAAAAUGCAUGGGAUAAAAGUCAUUUCUAUGGUGUUGGCCGUUUGGGGUUUUAUAUCGUACGUGUAUCAGCAAUACCUGGAUGAAUGCAAAUCCCAAACAGAAGAUAGAAGCAGAAUUCAUCAUGUUCCCAAAACUUGUUCACAUUUAGAGAAGAGGGUAGUAGAUGAAUUAUCUAGGCUUUAACUCAUUAAUCUGAGACUAAAACGGGGUCAGAUCCUCUCACGUUGGAGACUCAUGUGCAGUGACAGACCCAUAAAAUUUACAUUGUAAGACAAUGCUCAUAUAUAAAUUUAUGGCAUUUUAAAAAAAAAUGAAUACCACUAGUAUUAGCAUGCAAUACAUUGUCUCAUUUUU